UGAGAUGAUGAAGUAAUUAGUUAAUUUAAUAAAUAGUCCUAACACUCUAAAUAAUUAAUUAUCUCAUCGCAAGUAUAAAUGGACCAGCAUGGCGCAUUGUCAGUAUUAUAUGGACCUAGACCUUACUUGGCUUAUCUGUUUACUGUUUUUUUCUGGGACUGAGGAUGAGAGGGUAAAGUUGCAAACUUAACGGUGACCUUUCUGCUUCCAUCUUAUCAGUUUCAAAAACUCGGAAGCUCUUAACAUUGUGGAGGAUUAUUUGAAGUGAAAAACUGAGUGAAAAGAUGAGAGUGGCAGUGAUUGGUGCUGGGAUUAGUGGGUUGGUGUCUGCCUAUGUUCUUGCAAAGGAAGGGGUGGAAGUGGUGGUGUAUGAGAAGGAUGACUACUUGGGCGGCCAUGCCAGGACUGUCACAUUUGAUGGUGUUGAUUUGGACCUUGGUUUCAUGGUCUUCAAUCGUGUCACUUAUCCAAAUAUGAUGGAGUUCUUUGAGAGCCUUGGGGUUGAUAUGGAGACAUCUGACAUGUCCUUCUCAGCGAGCUUAGACAAUGGACGGGGGUGUGAAUGGGGCAGCAGAAAUGGUUUGUCGGGCUUGUUCGCACAAAAGACCAACUUGAUCAAUCCAUACUUCUGGCAAAUGCUUCGAGAAAUAACAAAGUUUAAACAUGAUGCAAUCAAUUAUCUUGGGGAGCUUGAGAACAACCAGGACAUUGAUCGCAGUGAAACCUUGGGGCAGUUUAUCAAGUCACGUGGCUACUCUGAAUUGUUUCAGAAGGCUUAUCUUGUUCCAGUAUGUGGGUCAAUCUGGUCUUGUCCUUCAGAAGGAGUUAUGAGCUUCUCAGCCUUCUCUGUUCUUUCAUUUUGUCGCAAUCAUCAUCUACUUCAGCUAUUUGGGCGUCCACAGUGGCUUACUGUCAGAUGGCGUUCACAUUGUUAUGUGAAGAAGGUCAGAGAAGUUCUGGAGAGUAAAGGCUGUCACAUAAGAACUAGCUCUGAAGUACAUAGGGUUUCCACAUCUGAUGAGGGUUGCACUGUAAUCUCUGGUGAUGGUUUGGAGGAAGUAUUCAAUGGAUGCAUAAUGGCUGUCCACGCUCCUGAUGCCGUGAGAAUUCUAGGCGACCAGGCCACAUCGGAUGAGUUGAGAGUUCUUGGUGCUUUCCAAUAUGUGUACAGUGACAUUUUUCUGCAUCGUGACAAAAAUUUAAUGCCCCGCAACCCAGCAGCAUGGAGUGCGUGGAAUUUUCGCGGAAGUAAUGGCAACAAAGUUUGUUUGACAUACUGGCUCAAUGUGCUCCAGAACAUUGAUGAAACCGGUCUUCCAUUUCUUGUGACCCUGAAUCCAGAACACACACCAAAACAUACCUUGCUUAAGUGGUCGACAAGCCAUCCAGUCCCAUCUGUUGCUGCAUCGAAGGCUUCGCUUGAGCUUCCUCGUAUUCAAGGAAAAAGAGGAAUUUGGUUUUGUGGAGCAUAUAAUGGGUAUGGCUUCCAUGAGGAUGGACUAAAGGCUGGAAUGGCUGCAGCACAUGGUUUGCUUGGAAAAGGUUGUGCCCUCUUGGACAACCCAAAACACAUGGUUCCGUCGCUGACAGAAACAGGGGCACGCCUUUUUGUUACUAGAUUUCUUACACAUUUUAUCUCCACCGGAUGUUUGAUUUUCUUAGAGGAAGGAGGAACAAUUUUCACCUUUGAGGGAACCGGAAAAGGGUGUUCUCUGAAAUGUGUUAUUAAAGUUCAUAAUCCUCAGUUUUACUGGAAGGUGAUGACACAGGCUGAUUUAGGCCUAGCAGAUGCAUAUAUCAAUGGGGAUUUUUCAUUCGUUGACAAAGACAAAGGUCUUUUAAAUCUUAUAAUGAUUCUCAUCGCCAACAGAGACGCAAAUUCUUCGGACUCAAAACUGACCAAGAAAAGGGGAUGGUGGACGCCAUUGUUAUUCACAGCUAGUAUAGCAUCAGCAAAAUAUUUUUUCCAGCAUGUUUCGAGGCAAAAUACUCUCACUCAGGCUCGCAGGAACAUCUCUCGUCAUUAUGACCUGAGUAAUGAACUAUUCUCGCUGUUCUUGGACGAGACAAUGACGUAUUCCAGUGCUGUAUUUAAGACAGAAAAUGAAGAUUUAAAGGUUGCUCAGCUGAGGAAAAUCUCCAUUCUGAUUGAAAAGGCUAGAAUUGAAAAGAACCAUGAAGUUCUGGAGAUUGGAUGUGGUUGGGGAAGCUUAGCUAUUAAAGUCGUCAAACAAACAGGUUGCAAAUACACCGGGAUCACACUGUCCGAGGAACAACUGAAAUAUGCACAAGAGAAAGUGAAAGAGGCUGGCCUUCAGGACCGCAUCAAAUUUCUUCUGUGCGAUUACCGCCAGCUUGCUAACAACAAAUAUGACAGAAUUAUAUCUUGCGAGAUGCUAGAAAGCGUGGGGCAUGAAUUUAUGGACGAAUUCUUUUCGUGCUGCGAAUCUGUGCUAGCAGAAAAUGGCCUUCUUGUUCUACAGUUCAUAUCAAUACCAGAUCAGCGCUACGAUGAGUACAGGCAAAGUUCAGACUUCAUAAAGGAAUAUAUUUUUCCGGGUGGAUGUCUACCUUCGUUAAGUAGGGUAACAUCGGCAAUGGCUGCUUCUUCCAGACUCUGUGUGGAGCACCUGGAAAACAUUGGAAUCCAUUACUUCCAAACACUCAGAUAUUGGAGAAAAAAUUUCUUGGAGAGACAAAGUGAAAUACUCGCUCUUGGAUUCGAUGAAAAGUUCAUCCGGACGUGGGAGUAUUAUUUUGAUUAUUGCGCGGCCGGUUUUAGGACGUGUACUCUUGGAAAUUACCAGAUGGUGUUUUCACGCCCCGGCAAUGUUCCGGCAUUCAGCAAUCCGUACGAAGGCAAGUGUUGCUGAUUUUCCUUUUAUUUUUCCUUGCUUUAAUUUUAAUUUCUCACAAUCAAGCUCAAGCUGACUUGCUUUAAUUUUAAUUAUUAUUUUUCAUAAUAAAACUGUUUUCUUUUAUUUA